AUGCCCGCCGUGUCCGUGGUCUCGGUGCUCGCGCCCGUCGUGCUGGCCGCCCUCACGGCCGUCGCGGGCGUCGCGCCAGGCGAGCUGCCCCCGAGCCCCCCGGGGUCGCCGUCGGGGCCGCUGCGCCUCCGGAAGCGCUACGACCUGGACCUGCAGACCUGCGUCGAGAACUUCGACGUGCAGCGCGACCAGAUCAUCCGCACCCAGGACUCGAAGCGCAUGGGCGCCGUCAACCUGGCCGUCAAGGACGUGCUGACCCGGGAGGAGUGCCUGCGCCUGUGCUGCGAGACGGACAAGUGCGACGUGUUCGUCUUCGAGGAGAAGCAGAGUCCUGGGACGUGCUACAUGUUCCACUGCGGGCCUCCCGGGGACUCCCGGUGCAAGUUCACGCGGCACGAGAGCUACUCCACGGGCAUCCUGGACACGACGCGCCGCAUCCUGGACCAGCACGAGCAGGACCUCAACAGCCUCAGGAGCUUGCUGGAGCCCACGCCGUCGCCGCUGCUGGCCUCUCGCCUGCUCGCCGCCAAGACGGGACCCAUCCUGGUGGCGCCGGCCCAGGCCGCCGCACCCGCCGUGCUGACGUCGCAAGGUGAGCGCCAAAAAAAGAACUGCGUCGAUCAGAUCGGUUUCCUCGGCGUGGUUUUUGUCUCCCGAUCCUCGACCCCCAGGGCCUUGCCCAGGGCCCCGGAGUGCAUCGCUGCGUCGGCAGCCUGCAGUGGCGUGGCACCUCAAGUAAAGCAGUGA